AGAACCAGGACUGGUGCAAGCUGAGCUUACUCUGUGCUCUGCUAGCCUGCUCUACAUCCCAUGUCAAUGGAUGCAUCUAACCAACCACAAGCUAUUCGCCCGCUGCUGCGAUGUCGGUUGAUACCAGGUUAUAAUCAAGUCACCAACCCUGUAGGGCACUGCGGGGUUUCUGCGGGAUGCCUGAGACUUUGUUUCUGCCUCAGGCCUACACAGCAGAAAUCCCUGUAGGCUGUAACCAACCGCAAGCCUUGCAGCCUUGCAGCCUGCUGCACCUGGCAGCCUGGCCGGUCGGUUUCCAACAUGGGCCCCGCGCGAAUAACCCCGCGCGUCAUUGGGUUCUGCGCCUUUGGCUCCACUCUUUUGUGUGCGUGUGGUGCUUUUUUGCAGUCGGAGACGGAGUCUUAACCUCUCUGGGUUUCUUUAGUCAGGUCAGGCAGGGCUGGCUGGGGCAAAAGUUGUCCAGCCGGCCCGCUCACGUAGGACAAAUCCUGCGAAAAAAAAAAGUGAGAGGCCGGUCGGUCGGUCUCUUGCCAAUCACGCUUUGCUUGCUUUGCUCCUCCCCCACACAGCGCGCCCCUCUCCCCUCUCUUCUUCUUCUUUCUUUCUUUACUGAUCUCAUGGAUGUUCUUUUGCCCCUCAGCCACUCACGCCAUGACUUGGACCCUGUGGGUAUUGAAGGUCAUGGGGCUUAGGAAAAUUGAUCUUCUGUUUAGUUCUUAGUUGUCUUUCCAUCAUGGAUGUAAGGGUAAGGGUAAAGAAGGCUGUACACAUUCAGAACGAUUUUUUUUUUGUUUUUGCUGAGGGCAGACUAUUCUUAGUCAGUUAGCCUCGUUUCUAUCAACAUCUGCAUCCGACAAGGACACGAGGCGAGGCUGAAGUCACCUUAAUUCCGCUACCUAGUAUACCUCGGAAUCUCGGCGAGAAGUAAGUUAAUGACGA